AUGUCAUUCCUAGACGGGGAAAAACAACCAAGAUACGAAGAGGAGGAUAGCCCGCAGCAUGAAUACAACGCGCUGGUAGAUUAUAUCCACAACGUUGAGUUGAGAAAAGCAGACGACGCUCAAGAUGUGCAAGACGACAACAUCGAGUAUAAGAGGCCGUGGUAUGCGCCUUGGAAGAAAAUCGAAAUUAGACAGCAAGGCAAAUCAGUGCCAGAUGAUUGGAUGCAUGCUGAUAUUAAACAUGGUAUCAGCUCAGGUGACGUCGAUCCACGUCGUCGCCAGUUCGGUUUCAACGAGUUAGAGUCUCCAGAAGAGAACUUGGUACUCAAAUUUAUUGGUUUCUUUAGAGGCCCUGUCCUCUAUGUUAUGGAAGGUGCCGUCGCCCUUGCCGGUGGUCUUCGUGAAUGGGUCGACUUCGGUGUCAUCAUUGGUAUUCUCCUUCUCAACGCUUUCGUUGGUUUCUACCAAGAAAAGCAAGCUGGUGACAUUGUAGCACAGCUCAAAAAAGGUAUCGCUCUUCGUACUAUCGUCAUUCGCGAUGGACAAGAACAAGAAGUCGAAGCAAGAAUGUUGGUUCCUGGCGAUAUUGUCGUCAUCGAAGAAGGCUCUACUAUUCCAGCAGACUGCGAGUUGCUUGCAGACUACAAGGACAAGGAUGGCUCGAGAGCUAGAGAGGUAUUCGAAAAGGUGAAGGCAGAGACGAAGAAAGAAAAGACGGAAGAUGAAGAAGACUCUUAUGGUAAAGGCCCAUCCAUCUUAGCCGCCGACCAAUCUGCUAUCACUGGUGAAUCUCUCGCUGUCGACAAGUACCACGGUGACAUCGCUUUCUAUACCACCAUCUGCAAGCGUGGCAAGGUGUUUGCACGCGUCAAGAUGACUGCACCAAUCUCUUUCGUUGGUAAGACAGCAGCACUCGUCCUCGGAUCUAACGAAAAGGGUCACUUUGUCAAGGUCAUGAACAUUAUCGCUGGUACUCUUCUCGUUCUUGUUAUUGUCUUCUUGUUCGCCGUCUGGAUUGGUUGUUUCUUCCGGAACGUAGAGAUUGCUCAACCAAGAGACAACAACUUGCUUGUCUACACUCUUAUCUUCGCUGUUAUUGGUGUUCCAGUUGGUUUACCAGUUGUUACCACCACUACGCUCGCUGUUGGUGCCGCGUACCUCGCCAAGAGACAAGCUAUCGUACAGAAGCUCACCUCAAUCGAGUCAUUGGCUGGAUGUGACAUACUCUGCUCAGACAAGACUGGUACUCUUACCGCUAACAAGCUCUCGAUCCACGAACCAUACACAGCCGAGGGUGUUGACAUGGAUUGGAUGAUGUGCGUUGCUGCCCUCGCCUCAUCUCACAACGUUAAGUCAUUGGACCCUAUCGACAAGAUCACCAUUUCCACUCUUAAGGAAUACCCAAAGGCAACAGAAAUGCUCAAGACAGGUUGGGUAACAAAGGAUUUCAGACCAUUCGACCCAGUAUCCAAGCGUAUUACUUCAAUUGUCGAGCGUGACGGUAUUACUUACACUUGCGCUAAGGGUGCUCCAAACUCAAUCCUCAAGAUGUGCGCAUGUCCACCACAAACAGCUCAGGCCUUCCGCGACCAAACUAUGGAAUUCGCUUCAAGAGGUUUCCGUUCCCUUGGUGUUGCAGUUCAAGAAAACAAUGGUGACUGGCAAGUACUCGAGAAUGUCGAAUCACUCGAGCAUUUGGGAUCCACGCAAAACUCAUCUAACGCCUACAAGCCAUGGAAGACGAGGCUGCCUACGUCACAGCAGCCAAUUGACAGCUUAGUUGGUGCAUUAACAGCAGCAGGUGCUCACCUUGGACACAAUCACAGCGAGUGGAAUCCUUCAAUGAGACCUUACAUCUACGGCACAAGGCAUGGACAAUCUAUAAUUGACUUGGAGCAGACACUCGUUGCCAUUAGGAGAGCAGCAGCAGUCGUCAGAGGCGUUGUUGAGCGUGACGGCAUCGUUCUUUUCGUUGGAGGCAAGACGAGGACUACGAUCGUGAAGAGAGCAACUGAGAGAGCAGCUGAGAAAUUGGAGGGUAACGGGUUCUGCGUACCGAACAACUGGCUGCCUGGUACGCUCACUAAUCGCUACAGAUUGUUGCCAGGAGGAAAACCAGAGCAACCACCACCACUUCCUGAUUUGGUUGUGUUCAGUAAUCCACAGACAUAUCCACACGCACUGAGGGAGUGUGCUCUUACUCGAGUACCGACUGUUGGAUUGAUGGACAGUGACGGUGAUCCAAGGGGUGUCACGUAUGCCAUACCCGCCAACGACGACAGCGAGAGAGCGGGUGAACUUAUUAUCAAUCUCCUCGCUGAAGCUGGAGCAGAGGGCUUGAUGGUCAGGAGAGAGUUGGAAGAAAGUAGACAGAAGGCGCAGAGAGUUAAACAGAGGAAGCAGGCGGAUGGCGCGUGA